UGCGUCUUCAGCUCCCCUCACACUCGGGCUCCUCGAGGAGGAGGGGCUGCAGCCCUGGCCCACCGUUAGCACAAUGAUCCUCAGGCUGCUCCUGGCUCUCAACUUCUUCCCCUCAAUUCAAGUAACAGAGAACAAGAUUUUGGUGAAGCAGUCGCCCAUGCUUGUGGUGCACAAUAAUGCGGUCAACCUCAGCUGCAAGUACACCUACAACCUCUUCUCCAAGGAGUUCCGGGCCUCCCUCUACAAGGGAGCAGACAGUGCUGUGGAAGUCUGUGUUGUGAAUGGAAAUCACUCCCACCAGCUUCAGUUUCACUCAAAUACAGGAUUCAACUGCGAUGGGAAAUUGGGCAACGAAACAGUGACAUUCUACCUCUGGAAUUUGUACGUUAAUCAAACGGAUAUUUACUUCUGCAAGAUUGAGGUCAUGUACCCUCCUCCUUACAUAGACAAUGAGAAGAGCAACGGGACCAUUAUCCAUGUGAAAGAGAAACAUCUUUGUCCAGUUCAUGCGUUUACUGAGUCUUCUACGCCAUUGUGGGCACUGGCGGUGACUGGUGGAGUCCUAGCUUUCUAUAGCCUGCUGGUAACAGUGGCUCUUUGUACUUGCUGGAUGAGGAAUAGGAGGAGCAGGACCCUUCAGAGCGACUACAUGAACAUGACCCCCCGGAGGCCGGGGCCCACCCGAAAGCACUACCAGCCCUACGCGCCGGCGCGGGACUUCGCGGCCUACCGCUCCUGACACGGACGCCUAUCCAGAUGCGCGCCGGCCGGCCCCGCGUCACCCCUGGACACCACCGCUCUGGAUAGGAAAGGACUGCCCCCCUGUCGGCCGGCCGCCUCGGGCUCCUGCGACGCCCCCUGUGCCAAGGGUUCUUGAACCACCAGCCCAAACGACACCAUCCUGAGACUCUGAAAUGAAGUGAGAGAAUAGGACUGUGGCAGGCCAUCCCAUGGAGUGCCACGACCCCAAUUCAAACUCACCAUGUAUUUAUUGACUUGCUGGAGGGGUUAGGGUGGAGAACAAAAAGGGAACGGAUUGUUAGCCUUGAAAUCUGCCUCCAGCGUCACUCUUUCUCACUCACCUUAACAUUGUGGUUGCGAAGAGUGAUAUCCAACGACUUUUUAGACGAAGAAA